GGAUGCUAGAAUAAUCAGAACAUACUAAAGUUCAUACAGAAUGUUUUUAAACCGUUUUUGAGUUCGACAUCGAAAGUUCGCAAAGGUUUAGCUUGUAUCUAAAAAUUAGAAGACCAAAAUCAAGUUCUUAAGAGAAAUACAGAAAAUUAUUUGAGAUAGCUAAGGAUUACUCUAAUUCAAAAGUACCAUAAGCCCACUCAGAUGAAGUUCCUGAAUUUGAUUUUUUAGAAGAAUCCUGUUAAAUUAGACCUUCUAUCUGUACGAAUAAAUCAAGCAAAUAAAGUUAAGAACGUGAAGAGAAAUUAUUUGAAAAAGAAUUAUUAUCACUUUUGAAUGAGGAUGAUGAUCAAUUAAUAGCAAAGAGUGAAAAAGAAAAGUUAAAAUUACCAUCAAUUAUGAUGAGAAAUGGUGGAUGCUAUACUGGAUACUGGUACAAAAAAAAACCUUAGGGUGAAGGAUAAUACAAAUUUGCAGAUUCUAGCAGAUAUGAAGGUGAGGUAAAGAAUUUUAAAUUAUAUAAAGUGGAUUAAUGGCUAUGCUAGUGGAAAAGGUAAAUUUUUUGAUUCGGAAGGAGGGUAUUAUUGUGGGGACUUCCAUUUGAAUUACAUGCAUGGUAAAGGAGUGUAUUAUUAUGCGGACGGCUCGAUUUACGAAGGUAUAAAAUUAUUCAUCGCUUUAAAGGCUCAUGGUUCAAUGAUAAAUACAAUGGAUAUGGUAUUGAAGUGAAGGUUGAUUCUCAUUAUAAAGGUAUAAUACUAAAAACAAAAGUAGGGCAUUUUCGGAAUGGCUUAAAACAUGGGCAAGGAAUUUUAAUAUUUAAUAAUAAGGAAAAAUAUGAGGGCUAGUUUGUAAAUGGUCAGUUCGAAGGGAAAGGAUAGUUUGUAGUUUUAUAAUAAUAUUAAAGAUAUGGCCUGAUGGAAGAAGAUAUUAAGGAGACUGGAAAAACGGAAUGAUGCAUGGAUAGGGAAUCUUAUCCUGGACUGAUGGUACUAUUGAUUAUCCAAUUUAAGGCCGAGUUUAUGUUGGUUAAUAUGAAAGCGAUAAGAGAUAAGGUUUCGGAACUUUUUAAUUUGCUGAUGGUCGAAAAUAUGCUGGGUAAUGGAUGAAUGGUUUGCAACAUGGGACUGGGGAAUUUACAGAAUCCCAUGGACAUAUCACCAAGGGAGUUUGGAGAGAAGGUAAAUUAUUUUCUCUUGUUUGA